CCAAUUCUUCUGCUCGCCUCCGUGACAUCCAUCGAUCGGCCACAUUCGUCGCUCUGCGGAGUUCGCAAAAGCGGGGGUCUCAAUAUCAAACGUCGCCGGUGCUACACGGUUCUCGCCAAGAACCCUACAUGCUCCUCGCUAAACCCUAACCCUAAGAUCCACCGAUCUCCCAACCUCAGAGGUAUUUGUCUAUCCACGGUUAUGAAACCUUCGUCUUGCGAUUCUGAUUGCUGUUGUUGUUUCCACGAGCGGUCCAUCUCCUCGUUAUUUUCCGGACAUUAGGUAUGGUGGUGAAAUGCAUUUGAUUGGCAGCAAGUAAAAUGACUGAAACUGCAUCGAGAGACACUUGUCUGACUCAAAAACACCAAUGCCCAUGCGGAGAUGAUCAAUGCUAUAUCGAUGAAGAAGCCUAUGAGGAUGACGAAUUUACUGAGCAAUUUGGGCCUGCAGAACCAAGUUUUCUGCCGGGAAUACCCCGGACAUUUGGUACUACAAAGAUCAUUCCCCUUCCAUAUGUAGGACAGUCAUUCCAAAAUGAUGAUGAGGCUCUGGAGUAUUAUAGCAACUUUGCACGGAACAGUGGUUUCUUGGUCAGGCGAGAACGCUCAAAGGGAAACCCAGAGCACCCACUGGGUGUAUAUAAGAGGGAACUUGUUUGCCAUCGUGCUGGACCUCCUCUGCCCGUUAAAUCUGGAGAAGAAAAUGCUUCAAAACGCGUGAGAAAGAAGAAGCCAUCACGGUGUAGAUGUGAUGCACAAAUGGUCAUAAAGAAGAAUGUCACAGCUGGUGCAACUCACUGGGUGGUUGUUAAUUUUAGUAAUGUCCAUAACCAUGAGUUGUUAGACAGAAACAAUUUGCAAUUUUCUCCUGGUUAUCGCUAUAUAUCAGCGGUUGAUCGGGAACGUAUAUUAGCUCUUGCGAAGGGUGGUUGCAAUGUGAAUCUUAUACUGAGGGCCCUCGAAAUGGAUAAAGGUGUCAAGCCAGGUGAGUUGACAUUUACAGAGAAGGAUGUAAAGAACUUCCUUCAGGCUUCAGUGAGUAUCAAUCCUGAAAAUGAAGGAUCAGAACUUCUCAAGAGUUGCAAGUUUAUGAAAGAAAAAAACCCAGAUUUCCGCUAUGAGUUUACAUCUGUUGAAGCCAACAAACUCGAACACAUUGCUUGGUCAUAUGUGGGUUCAGUUCGUGCAUAUACAGUAUUUGGUGAUGUGGUGUUUUUUGACACAUCUUAUCGCCUUCAUGCUUACAACAGGCCCGUUGGGGUUUGGUUUGGUAUUGACAACAAUGGUUAUAUCAUAUUCUUUGGUUGUGCUGUCUUGUUAGAUGAGAAACCAGAUUCAUAUAGAUGGGCCUUGCAGGCAUUUCUUCGCCUCAUGGAUGGGAAAUAUCCACAAACAAUGCUGACAGAUUUUCAUAUUGGACUGAAAGAUGCUGUAAUGACCGAAUUUCCACACACAAAGCAUGCAUUUUCUUUGUGGCACAUAAUGUCUAAGCUGCCUAGUUGGUUUUCUGUCUUAUUGGAUGCACAAUAUGAGAAGUUUAAGGCUGAAUUCUGUAGAGUACGUGAUUUAGAGACUAAGGAGGAAUUUGAGCAUGAGUGGGACCAGAUGGUUACUGAAUAUGGGCUCAACUCAGAUAGACAUAUCAGCCUACUCUUUGUUCACCGUUCCUACUGGGCUGUACCUUACUUGCGCAGUUGGUUUUUUGGUGGAUUAUUGGCAACUGGGGAUUUGUCAGUUAAGUCAUUCUUCAGAGGAUUUGUGAACUCACAAACACGGCUCAAAGAUUUUGUAGAGCAGGUUGGUGUUGCAGUUGAUUUCCAGAAUCAAGCAGGUGAAGAAGCAACCACACGGCAAAACCAUCAGAAUUUUCAGAUUAAAACAUGCCUGCCUCUAGAGGAACAUGCAUCAACUAUUCUAACACAUUACGCUUUUGAGAUGUUUCAGAAAGAAAUCAUGACAUCAACACAAUAUGCAGUUUUUGAGACAUCAAGGGAUACUUAUCUAGUCCGGCAUCACUUGAGUUCUGAUGGCGGGCAUACAGUGAGCUGUUCGCCUUCUAAUGAAGAGGUCAGCUGCAGUUGCAAAGGGUUUGAAUGCUCUGGCAUAUUGUGUUGGCAUGUUCUUCGAGUACUAUCUUUGAAGAAUUGCUUCCUUGUCCCAGAGAAGUACUUGUUACAUCGAUGGCGUCGGGAAAGUUCAUUAUUCCCUAAAAGUAGUGGCUACAAUUAUCGGACCCAAGCGUUGCGGUCGCUUGCCUCUAUAAUUAUUCAAGAAUCUUCAAUAACAAAAGAUCGUUUCGAGUAUGUGCAGUGGCAUCUGAGCCGGCUUCUCAACCAUAUAAGGGACAUGCCAGCAGCUGAUGAAGCUACCUUAGAUCUGGAGCUGAGCUCAACAUUUGAUGCUACAGUCGAUGUAGUUCCUGCAAGGACAGUUACUAGAGGAAGACCAAGAAAAUUGAAAGGAUUGACAAAAACAGCCAAGGAAAUGCAAGCAAUGUGAUAGGAGGUGGUUUCGAUCAGAUGACUCUGUAAAAAAGAUCCCUGAAGCAUGAUGUGAAACCCCAUUCAGAGGAUACAGAAAUGACCUCCAUUCUCUGAAGAAAACUUAGUAUUUAUGAUUUGCUUGGUUUCUUAAUAGCAGUCUUCGAUACCGCUAAAGAAUUUCUUGUAAAUGUAUAAAAAAUGCUCUUGUAGAACUUGAGGUUGUUUUCAAGAGAUGAAACUGGUCAUGUUUCAACUCGGGAUUGUACAAAACAAACUCAUUAUACAUUUGUCUUACUUGUUUAGAUGGACAGAGCUGCUAAGCUUGAGCAGGUCCACAUGUCAAGUUGUUGAAGUCUAGUUGCAAGAAAAACUGUGGAUGUUAAUUCUCUAGA